AUGCCAUCCUUUGAUGCGAAGUUGAAUUUCGACGAUUCCGCUCGAUUCCGCCAGCCGGAGGUCUUUAGCCUGGAAGAACAUACCCCGGACUCAGAAGAUGAGCACAAAGCGUCCCAGCGUGGCCUCUCUUAUAUCCGGUUGGAUGUUAAUAUCGGGAACAUCGUCAACGGCGCUGGCUUGGCCAUGGCGACUAACGAUCUAGUUACUCUCCAUGGUGGAAAAUGCGCUAACUUCCUCGGCAUUGGAGGUAAUGCUACGACUGAAACAUUACUGACGGCGUUUGAUAUCUUAAACAAGGAUUCCCGUGUGAAGGGCAUUCUCAUCAACAUCUUCGGCGGUAUAUCUUGCUACAGAGCACAAAGUGAUGAAAACAAGAGAAACAUCUCUAAUUCAGCACCAGGCAUUGUGCGCUGUGAUAUGAUUGCCAAAUCCAUCAUCGAGGCGGCAUCUAGAUUGCGAGGGUUCAGGGUCCCGGUAGUCGUCCGGUUUCAGGGUACGAAUAGCGAGGAGGCUCUAAAAUUGCUUGAUGCGUCGGGUCUGAAUGUGUAUACCGAGACGGAUUUCGAGGUGGCGGUGCAAAGAGUCAUCGAGCUCACCCGCAGUCACCAUUAA